GUCCCCUUCCUUCCCCCUUCCUCCUUCCUUCCUUCCUUCCUCCUUCCUUCGCCCUCCCUCCCUCCCUCUCCCACUUAAAGAUGGCCGUCCAUCCCCUCUCGACCACCUCCUCCGCGUCCGUCUCCCUGUUCUCCUCUCCCUCCCCUUCCCCAACCACAACCUCAUCCCCCACUCUCCUCCCCUCCCCGUCCUCAACCGCCAUCACCACCCCUACAUCCCAUUCCUCGCACUGCUCCCCAACCGCAAAAGAUCUCGCCACCAUCCCCACAGCCACAACCACCAUCACCACCACGGACGCCACCAUCUCAAACACCGGCACCACCACCCCUUCUUAUCCUUACAGUCACAGCAUCUUUGAGGUCCAGGACCCAUCCUCCACCAGGGGCAUCAACAUCUUCAACAAUGGCCCCCACCACAACACCACUGCCGCCACCAACCAGUUCGCUACUGAUGGUAUCUCCGAUCCCUUUGGCCUCUCCGACUACUUCAGCUCCAGCAUCCCCAAGGCCGGUCUCUCCAAUCAGUACAGCAAUAGCAUCCAUAUCGGAAGCCUGAGCAACGGUCUCAGCGGACUCAGCCUCAACAACUUUAGCACCACCAGCCUCAACAAUACCAACACCGCCGCCACCGCCAUCAACCAGACGAAAUCGUCUCUAAGCUCUGGCCUCUAUGGCUACAGCAACAACGCCAAUAGCAACGGCAGUCUUUCGUUCAAUGCCUCCCAGCAAGAGGAGAUUUCGACCAUCUUCGUUGUUGGCUUCCCUGACGACAUGCAGGAGCGGGAGUUCCAAAACAUGUUUGUCUUCACCCCUGGCUUCGAGGCUGCCACGCUAAAGAUCCCCCACAAGGACCAGCAGGAGGAUGACGCCCUCACCCUUGGAGUCAAUGGAGUCAACCCUCGCAAGCAGAUUAUUGGGUUUGCAAAGUUUCGCUCUCAUCAGGAAGCACUGCAGGCUAUCAGUGUACUCAGCGGGCGCAGGGUCGAUGCGGAGAAGGGCUCUCUGCUCAAGGCUGAGAUGGCAAAAAAGAAUCUCCAUACCCGCAGGGGACUCUCCAACGAGCUGGUGGCCACUCCCGGCCCCGCCGUGACCUCGGCCUCAGUCCCACCAGCGCCCGUUGGAUCAGCCUCUAUACACCCAGUCAACAUCAAUGGCAAGAAGACGCCCCACCCUCUUCAGCACCGCAACAGCCUUGCAGGAUCAGCUGCCUAUGACGCCUUCCAUUCCGUGCCCUGCAGUCCUGCCCUCCCCAGCGACCUUCUCUCGCCCCAUGAUUACCCCAGCAGCUACGACUUUUAUGCUGAUGUCUAUGCGCCCAACAACCUCGCCAACCUCAGCUUUGCAGAGUCCUUUGGCGGUCGCCACCAACAGGCGCUCAGCCAGCAGCAACAGCCACAGCAGCAACAACAGCAGGGCCAGCAGUCCGAGCUCUCUUCUUCCUUCCUGGGUCGUCAGAGUGCCUUUGAUGUUAGAGUGGACCCUUUAUCGAUGGGCAGCUUCAGCAACAACAUCGGAGGCCUUGCUGGCUCCAUCUCCGGAUCCUUCUCCAACUCGAUCUCAAGCUCCUUCUCGAAUCGCGUUGUUGGAUUCUCUGGAUCGCAGCGCUUUAACAAGAGUUUCUUGGACAUGGACUCGGAUACACCGACUUCGACUAUGGGCUACCUGUCAAAGUCGAUUCCCGCCCACACGGAACGUGGAUUCAACAGUGCGCUGUUCAACAACGACGAUAUGUCGAACAAUCGCUUUCAGGGCCUGCCCAUCAACACUGCCCAGGCGGCCUCUUUGGUGACGCCCAGUCUUCCUUCACCCAAUGUUGCCUCUCCAGGAUUCCGCACGCCUAUCAAUCCUGGCGAUCAGAACCCUCCUUGUAACACGCUGUAUGUGGGUAACUUGCCCAUGAACACAUCGGAGGAUGAGCUCCGCACGCUUUUCUCACGCUGUGUUGGUUACCGUCGCAUGUCCUUCCGCGUCAAGGCGAACGGACCUAUGUGCUUUGUUGAAUUUGAGAACGUCGAAUGCGCUACACAGGCACUGAAUGAUCUUUAUGGCAACCCGUUGAGCAACUCUGUCAAGGGCGGCAUCCGCCUGAGCUUCUCAAAGAAUCCUCUGGGUGUCCGCAACUCUCAACCGAGCAGCCUUGCCAACCAGCUGCACAACAUGAACGGCAUGAACAACGGCUCGGCUUCGUAUCUGGAUCGUAGGGACAGCAUGAGUGCUAUGUUUGACCAGCACUAUUAGACGACCCGUUUGGUAUCUAUCAUCUCGCUGGAUCCAAUCUUUAUUUUUGCAUCU